UGACACAUGACGCUGGGCUACGUUCAUUAUGUGCAGUGAACGUAGGUCAUCACGUUGUUCUAAAAUCUAAAUACCGUAUUAUUUCAUAAUUUUUUCUAAAUUUUUAAAUUAUUUGGCACUCUCAACCUUUUACGAACAUAUUCAAAAUUCUGCAGAACAACUGUUCGUUACAAAAUUCUGAGAUGAUGAACACUUCGAAGAGAAGAAAAACUGCAACAAAGCUUAUGAGCAGGGAGAAGCACGACGAAUUCUUGAGUCGUAUAUCAAAAUCGUUAUACUAUGCGAAAUUGCCAGUGAGUGACCGCCUCAGUUUUCCUGUUACUGAAUUGGCAGCAGAACUUUUUACCGAAGUAAAAAAUGGUCAAACACUUGAACGAUUGGAUAUAGAGGAAGCUAGUAGGAUUUCUAGAAACGCAUGUGUUUCACCAUGUUGUCUUGUAUUGGCUUUAUUGUACUUAGAAAGACUGAAAGAUUGUAACCCAGAAUAUUUGCAACGAGUGGCACCGUCUGAAUUAUUCCUUGUUUCUUUGAUGGUGGCUAGUAAAUUUUUGAAUGAUGAAGGAGAGGAAGAUGAAGUUUUUAAUACUGAAUGGGCACUGUCUGGUCACUUGAGUAUAUCACAAAUGAAUCAACUGGAAAAGGAUUUUCUCCAAGCUAUCGACUGGACAGUUUUCGUUAACAAUCAAGACUUCUGGGAAAGAUUACAAAAACUAGAGAAGACUAUAGCCUAUAAAGAAGCACAGAAAAGAGGCUGGUUUUCAUAUACAGAACUAACUUGUCUAAUGAAUUCGAUGCAAUUGCUAACAAUUGCUCAAGCUGUGAUAAACAUAUCAUCAAUUUGUUUGGCAACAUAUACAGCAGGGAUAGUCACUUUAUUGGGAUCUGCUCUUGUUGCAAGUUAUUUGCCAGGAACAGUACUAAGCCCACGACAAACGACAAACACGACAGACGUGACAAGAGUAAACUUAAAUCCAAUUAUUGAUAUUCCAACCACAAUAAUUGAAGAUGCACCACAAAAUGUUUUAAGAACAGACUUUAUGUCUACUUUAUCUCAUUCCAACGAUUCUCAACAAAACGGUGAAAGCAUUGACUCAAAUGAAGUAGCAAAUGAGCAUUGGAAAUGGUGGCAAAACUCUGACAUGAUCUGGUUACCAACACACUCAGGCUUGGAACCAAAAGAAACAUUACACACGAUAAGAGAUGAUAUUGAACACACGAACACGUUUAUAACAUCUACUAAUUUUGUACUCGAUACCACAACAUUGAUACAGGAUGCAGAUAAAAUGGAUGCAAAUUGGAGGCAAAUCCUGGGUAUAGAUUUAAAUCUUCUUUUGCAUAAUUGGAGAUAUUAUGCAAACUAUGUCACAACAAUAACUCUUGACUAUAAUCACUAACGAUUAUUUCUAAAAUUGUGAUAAGAACUUUCUGUGCUAGUAAGAUUGAAAAAGAAGUAUAUAUUUUUUGUACUAAUUCGUAAACUUAUAAAGGACUUCUAUACUAACAAAGUAAUUUUUUCAAUAAAUACAUAGGAUAGAUA